GGCGCUGUUGACGCUCCAGUUAGCACGUCUGAUCUUUGAGGACAUGGUGGUGGAUCAGCAGCCAGUCAGGACUGCAAGAUAACAUCAUAACAACAGACACCAUUAUUGCAACCACUGUGACUACUACGGCAAUAAAUGUAUGCAAGGAGGAUCCUAAUUAAAUGUAGAUCCAUGUGACAAACCAGGACCAAGGAAGAAAACCCCGAUUUAUCACUCUGUUUUGGGAAGAGGACCUAAGGUGGAGCUCUACUGGAAUCGUCCUGCCUCCCAGCUAACUGGCUGGCAUGCAACUCUGUACGUGAAUUUGCACCAAAGUAGGACUAUUUGGACAUAUCGAGCUGGACGUCACACGGACUACCACCACCUCGACCGGUUUCAUUUCUAUCCAUGCAGUUAAAGUCAUGCUGGCCUUUCGUCUUGCAGACAUAGCGGGUUAGCUAGCUAGCUAGCUAGCUCGUAGGCUCGUUGGCGCAGCUGGACGCCGAAGACACAGCGCUGUGGGCCGGCGUGAGCUGUAACGCCAUGUCGCUGGUUGAAAGUGGCCCAUUCGUAGUGCUAGCGUCAGCGAGCUAACGCUAGCUGGAUAUAGCAGGCCGCUUAAGGUUGUCGGUAGCAUUCCCUGGUCAGCUAAUUAGAUAAAUCACAACUCAAAGCGAAAAGCACCUUUGGCCUUGAUUCUUCACUGUGCUGACUUUAUCAUAAGCCGUGACGGCUGGACUAGCUAAUGUCAGGUAGCCUGAUAAUUAGCUAGUUAGUUCUUUAGCGAAUAACGUUAAUGUAAAGUCAAUUGUAGCGUCUGGUUUUGUUGUUGUUUACACUAUACUAGCAUGCAAAUCUCUGCCAGUUACAGUUAGCUUGAAAGAGUGUUAAAGUGUUGUGGAAAUGUACUUUUUCCUUAUCAAACUGAGGUACGUUGUUUUGUUUGUGGAGUAAUUUGCACUAGCUAGCCAAAUAUACAACAUUGCAGGUAAUAUCGCAAUAUCAUACAUCACUGUGGAUAAAUUUGAACAUAAUCAGUGCUAGCAUACGACUGAGAAACGUUAGCUUGUGUGGGAAUUAUUUCAGUUUCACAUGUGUAGAAAAGUCAUGUAAACAAGUGUGUGUGAGGUUUUAGUUAGCAUUUAAUUACAAGUUAUCACUAAAUAUCUUUCAAGUAGUCUGCUGCUGUUACCUGAAAUUCAGUUAUGCGGGAUAAAGCAGACACUUUAAGGUUAUCUUUAAUGAACUAGCUUUACAUAGACACUAAAAGACAUGGCUGUUGUUGUCUUCCUGGAGCAUUGCGAGACAUAUCAGCCAUUCAUUCAUGAUUGAUGACCUUUGAGGCAUCAGGCCUUUAUCCUUUUACCCCUCCAGCUACACCACUGCAUCAAACCACUAACAGGCUUUGUUAUAGUAUUUAUUUCUAACCACUGAUGUAAACUGAUGAUUCUCGGAGAGAUUAGUUAGAUUUGAUUGUUAGGUUUGGCAGCACUUUCUUUUAAAUAUCCUGCUGACUCUUAACUGGAACUGCUGGUGUGGAUGAGAACAUGAGGAGCAUUUUGUCUGAUCUGAUCCAGCAUCUACGCAGCAUGCAGAUCUGAUAACGUGCAACAGAGAGCCCUAUCCUGUGGACUGAGAACUGACCAAUAGAUGAUGAUGGUGAUGGUUUUAAAAGUGGCCCAGUGACAGUGUGAUUCCACACACAGAAGCAGGAGAGCCACAAGACUGCAGACAUGAGUCUCCGUCAACCCACCUCCACACUGGACAGCCCUUUCGCUGCUUGGCUCAGCAGUCUGACAAUUGGGGACUCGGAGCGCAAAUCCUCUGCCACCCAGCCGAGGGAGCCGACGGCAGACGUCAUUGUUGAGAGUACAGGUCCUGGACUUGUCCAGAGAUGUGUGGUCGUGCAGAAGGACCAGCUUGGUUUUGGCUUCACGGUGUGUGGAGAGAGAGUCAAGCUAGUGCAGAAUGUCCGACCAGGUGGUGCAGCAGUGAAGGCCGGGGUCCAUGAAGGGGACAGAAUCAUAAAGGUGAACGGUUCGCUGGUGUCCUCCAUGUCACAUCAGGAGGUGGUAAAGCUCAUAAAAUCUGGAACAUAUGUAGCGCUGACACUACAAGGACCGCCUCCAUCAACUGCCUCCUUGCCCUUAGAGCCCCUCCCCACAGACCUCGCACCCAAUCAAAAGACGUCUGUGGGUGGGGAUGCCCCGCCCCCUCCACCUCCACCACUGCCAUCCGGACUGAGCAGCACCCCUUCCCAAAGAAUCACAGGACCCAAACCACUACAGGACCCCGAAGUACAAAAACAUGCCACUCAGAUACUCAGGAAAAUGCUGGAGCAGGAAGAGGCUGAACUGCAGGGUUUGUUGGAUGAGCAGUUGAGGAACCCGUCGCCGUCACUCGAGGAGCGGAUUGAAAGUGCCAAAAGAAGAGCUCACCAAGUCAGGGUCAAGAUUCAGCAAGAUCUGGAGGGAACACGAUCAGAAUCUGUCGCAAGUUACGUCAUAGCAGGAGAAGGGCGACUAUCAAUGGACUCCAGUGAAGGAGACAUCGAGGCCUAUGAGAGUCCCCACUCCUCCCCCUCAUUUUCCUUCAGGACCCCCCUACACCGACGGCAGAGCUCCGACACACACACCUUAUCUGAUUCGGGUGGAAAGGCCCAGAUCAUCGGCCCAGAGGAGGAAGAUGAAGAAGACGACGGCUAUGCAUUUAAUGAGAUGGAUGGUCCAUUUCAGGACAUCGAGUUGUUGAAAUCACGACCAGCCCACAUGACAGUGUUCAUGAGAUACGUCUUCACCCAGCUUCUGGACCCGAACCCUCUGCUGUUUUACCUGUCAGUAGAGGCCUAUCUAGGCUCCAGUCCUAAAGAUGCCCGCGCACUUGCACCUCAGAUCUGCUCCCAUUUCCUGGAUCCAGAUGCUCCCCUGAAAAUCAAAGUACGAGAGGAGUAUCUCACAGAUAUAGAAAAUCGACUUCAUGCCCAAGAGGACAUCAGAGGGCCUUUAUCUGAGCUGCAGCAGCAAGUGCUGCCAGACAUCCAGGACCAGAUUCAAGACUACAGGAACAAGCAGAUGAUGGGUCUCGGCUCUCUGUUUGGAGAAGGAGACCUGCAGCACCUUGAUGGAGACCCAGUGAAGGAGAAACAAGUGGUGGACAGACAGGUCACCGCCCUGUGGGAGAUAUUAUCGAAGCAUGAAGAAGACAGAAGUUCUCCUCUGGCAUCAGCUGUGCUCUUAUACCUUCGUCAUUCUGGCAUCAAGCUCAGAGACUCGAAAGUCUUCCCUGGUCUAAGUACCGAGAAGGAGAAGUGGCUCACUUUCUUGAAGACGAAAAAGCUGAGCAGCAAGAAAGAAAAAGAGGGCGAGGACAAAAAACGAAAUCCCAUCCUGAAGUACAUCGGCAAACCCCGGACCACAUCCCAGUCCACAUUCCAUGUCCCGUUGUCACCCACCGAAGUACGUCCCGGCAGUGUGAGGAACAUCAUUCAGCAGUUUGAGAAUCACACAGAGACGACAGGAGAGGAGGGCGGUGACGGGGCAGACCCACAGAGGCUGUCCUCCAGCAGCCUGGGAGAGGACACCAUGGACAGCCCUACGGUGUCGGUGCGUCUGGCACGAAGCGAGUCGCUAAAGGCUCAGGGGGAAGGACGUCGGCGGGGCGUCGCCUCAGGGACUGAGUCUGUCCCUCGCUCUCGUAGCGAUGUGGACAUGGAGGACUGUGGGGAGGAGAGGGAAGGAGCGGGCCUCAGGCCGCUGCAGUACAGUGCUUCGUCUUCUGCAUCCAGCAGCUCCGCUAGGUCUCUAGAGAACCCUACACCCCCAUACACCCCCCGGUCUAGACGCAGGAGCAUGGACUCACCAUUGGCCUUGCUGCAAGACUCUGCAGCGCUGGACGAUGAAGUGUGGGACGGUCAGAACUGGCAGGACACAGUUUCUCCUCAGCUCCUCGCAACACUCAGCCAGAGAGAGGUGGACAGACAGGCUGUCAUAUAUGAGUUGUUCACCACUGAGGUGUCUCACCUGAGAACCUUACGAGUCCUGGACCAGGUCUUUUACCAGAAGAUGAGGUCUGUGCUCAACUCUGACGAACUGGCCUGCAUCUUCCCGAACUUGCACCAGGUCUAUGAACUCCACGCAAGUCUUUGUGAGGCAAUGACGAAGCGAAGAGAAACCCCCAUUGUUCAGGACAUCGGGGAUGUUAUGCUGGCCAGGUUCGAAGGUGCAGCAGGAGACGAGUUUCAGGAGAAAGCGUCCCAGCUGUGCUGCCAGCAGUCUGAAGCUCGGGAGCUCAUCAAAAACAAACGUCGUAAAGACCCUCGCUUCGCUCAAAUCAUCCAGGAGUGCGAGGCGAGUCCUCACUGUCGGAGGCUGCAGCUUAAAGACCUUCUGGUGUCAGAGAUGCAGAGACUCACCAAGUAUCCUCUGCUGCUGGACAACAUCAUCAAACACACAGACACUGCUUCAUCGGACCUCCCCUCACUCCAGCGAGCACACGCUUGUUGCCGAGGGAUACUGCAGGCUGUCAACGAGGACGUCAGGGAAACGGAACAUCGGCAACGCCUCAUCCAGUACCAACGCAGACUGGAUGCUGGGCCUCAAUUCAAGAACCUGGAUCUCACCAAAAAGAGAAUGAUCCAUGAUGGUCCCCUCACCUGGAAAAUCAACAAAGACAAGCAGAUAGAGGUCCAGGUGCUGCUGCUGUCGGAUUGGCUGAUGCUUCUUCAGAAGGGCCCAGACGAUCGGCUGCAGCUGCGAUAUCCAUCCCGCUGGAUGUCAGGAGGCGGAGGCAGCAGCGGAGACAGCAAGCUCUCCUUUUGCCCUAUGGUGAAGCUGGAUUCGCUUCUUGUCCGCUCAGUAGCUACAGACAACAAAGCGUUGUACGUCAUCAGCCCCACAGAGAGUCAGAUCUAUGAGCUGGUGGCUGCAACAUCGUCGGAGAAAAACAACUGGAAAGAUUUACUUGAAAAGACCAUCGCUUUGGCUGGCGGGUCAUCACCUCUGAUCAAUCGUGGAUCAAUAGCUAAUCGCAGUGCAUCUCCAGUCUCAACAGGCAGUAAUACCUAUGGAGACAACUCUAUGACGGAGCAGUCAGACUCCAUGGAGACUCAUUCCACCAAUGACGACGUUGUGCUCUCUGAUAGCACACCUACGGACCAAUCAGGAGCUUUCCUCUGCGGUGAAAGACAAGCAGUCGGUGUGGCAGAGGCUGCUUUACAAGACGUCGAAACACUACGGCAGCUCAUAUUACAAGAUCUCGAAGAGGACGGUUGGAGCCACGAUUCGGAUGAUACACCCACCAAUGAGACGGCCACCGAAAGGAGCUCAUUCACCGAAAGACAGCGACCGGAGUCUCUGGAGACUGUCCUCAACUUCAGCACCAAUGAAUGGGAGGCCGAGCCAGACGAGGCUCUGCUCCCAGACGCCGCGCAGCCCAGCGUUCAGGUCAUGAGGAAAGCUGUGGUUGCGGGUUCUUCUUCUUCUGUCCCUGAUGGCAUCACUGAUGAUGCCACCCUCCCCUCCGAUCAAUCAUCCAAGUCAAGAGGCGAAGCCAAAGCCCAGGGGAACACUUUCUACUUGGUAAUGCCGACAGAGCAGGGAGAGAGCGCCACUGACGAUGUCAAUGACCCUCCCACUCCCACCGCCAGCCACUUCCCUCAGCCCCUGGAGGAAGUGAUGUCACCACAGACGCAGCCAGAGGAGGAAACGCCCGCCUGCGGUCCAGAGUCCAACCAAUCAGAGGCUAUGCAACCGGAGCAGAGAGAAGAAACGGGCAAGUCGCAGGCUGGGCAGCAGAGUCACGUGAUCAAAAAUGUGGAUGAGAUUUUUCACACAAUCGAGGGGUUGAUGAGCAAGUUGCGGCAGCUGAAGGAAAUAGAAAGGGCCCAUCACAAGCUUCUAGAAACCCUCAGAGAACCAUCCGUUUGUCAGGAGUCAGAGGACCAACAGUGUCGCUCGGCAACCGUCUCCAGGACGCCCUCUCUGGAUCGCGGCUCAGGAGACGCUCCGGCAGAUUCCAAACUUCUGUCAACUGGAUUCUGACGUUGCUGCGGAGUCGAUUCAUUCGCAGUCGCUCAAUCUGCACUGUUGGCAUACGGACACACUGAUAUGUACCUACCUUCAGACUUGGGCACCCCAGACCCGCCUCCCCUCGCCUCUUGUUCCCCCACAUACCAGCCAGUGGCGCAGAAACUUCGAAAGACCGUCGCCUUGUUUUUAGUUUCUGUUGCCCUGGAAGAUGGAGAAAGGUCCCUGAGGGAGUCCAGGGGAUCUGAGGAAAGAAGUAUGAAGGAUCAAAAAGACUGAAGACAAGUUGACUGGUGAAGAGAAAAGAAAGCACUGGAAGAACUGGAAAGUGGAGGAAAAAAAACGACCAAGUUGGAUAUUUUUUGCGAAGGAAACAUGAACUUGUAUGUAGCUUUUAAGAGCUGGUUGAAGGAACGGAACAGAAAAGUGUUGAAAUGUUAAUUUAAGGAAAAAAAAAUAAUCAGAGGGACCCGUCACCCCAGCACUUUACCCACAAUGCAUCUCUCUGUCAUGUACAGUGGACAGAUCAGGGACUGGAGGAUUCAGGCUUCAUGUAAGGGGGGGUGAUGCUUGAGCCAAGAUGGCCUACGGGGGUCCCCUCCCCCCUCCACUGGUUGCUUUACACUGAUCUCACCUGCCGCCUCGGCCGAAGGACUGUGUCUAUAUAAUUCAGGUUAUUUGCACUGGGUAAGGAAAACCGACGUCACACGAGCAUCAUUUAACCUGCUCAUUCAUCUCAAACGUUCACUGUGGAAGAAACGCUAACGUUCAUUUUUGCUCAUAUGCUCCAAGCCUCCUUUUCAGCUCCAAGAAGGAAGUUUAUCAGUUCAACAUGUCGACCCUUACGAGGUUCACGUCGAUUGUACAGUUUGACAUUUUGGGGAAAAAACACUACUGCGCUGUUUACUACUGAGAAAUGCUGGCAGGUUUUAUUCAAAGCGCUUCUUCGCAGGCGUACAGGGAUUCAUACAACGAGCUCAGCGGAUUCACUGCAGCUGUUCUGAUCAUGUAAAGUUGCUUAGGUUUAAGCGUUUCGGGACGCUUUAGGGAAAAGAUUCAAGACGGGCAAUGUUGACGAGUAAUGCAGAGUCAAAUUUACAAACUUGAAUUUUCAGUGAAAACCUGUUGGUUGCUCACUUUGCUGCCAAGUAUCGCCCUGACAUUGCCUGUCUACACUUUAAGGUGAAAACUGUGCAUCCCUCUGCCCUCUCUCCAGUGUGUCCUGUAAAUGUGUAGUGACUUCCACGGUAAAUACUGUGAACCAGCAACUUCUCCCAUUCAGUAAUCUCCCCAUGCAUAGUGUUAAUAUCUUCCUCGCCUAUAUCCAAAGCCAUGAAGGGACUGCACUCUGUACCAAGUAGUUUUCCAGUUGGAAGUUCUGUUAAGCGGGAGAAAGGAAAAGCUUUGGGAUAAUAGUUAGAUUCUUUGGGAAAUGUGCUCGCUUUCUUGCCUUGCCAGCUGCUUUACAGAGCUUUAAAAAAAUGGACACUGAUCCGAAAGUUAUGCGAUCCACCUCCCAGCACCUCCAAAGCUGUAAGAGAACUCGCAGCGAUGAAAAGACUUCAGGAUAGCGUAGCUUAGAAAUAGUCCAAAAUGUAGCUCCCCAAGAACCACACACACAAGAUAGACCAAACGGGAUGUAACUAUGGACUGUAUAAACAAUGGAUGCAGCCUCCAGAUGUUAAAAGUGAAGGUAAUGCAGACGUGAUUAAAAGCUGCAUUCCUUCUUAUAGCCAGCAGAGGGCGACUCCUCCUCAAAAACAAAGAAAAAUUGUAUAGAAGUCUAUAGGUAAAUUACUCCACUUCUCACUUGAUUUAUUAGCUCAGUGAACAUUUUCCUGAAGGGUUUAUGGUCUCAACUCAUUAUUUCCAACUCUCCUUCAAUACAAAAUGGUGUUCGAUUUGUAAAUUAUGGCCCCAUUCAGAGUAAAAUAGUCAUUAAUGCAAAGUCAAACAGUCAACAAACCAGUGUUUAACAUCACAGUGGUUGAAUCCAUCUUUUAUAUACAGUCUGUGGUUAUAACGCGAUCAUUUGUAGCUUUAUAAGCAGGUGGAUUUUGUUACUUUUGGACAGAACUAGGUUUGCUGUUUCUCUCUGUCUCAAGUUCUUAUGCUAAGCUAAUUAGCAGCUGGCUAAAGCUCAGAUUCUAAAGCACAGACAUGAGAGCGACACUGGUGUUCUCAUCUGACUUUUGGCAUGAAAGUUAAAUGAGCAUAUUUCCCAGGAGUCGAUGUUUUUCUUGAACUAUUUUUGCAUCAUAUGUAGGAAUUUUUCUUUGGCGUUCAGAAGCGCCGCCUUGGUUGAGGCAUGUGUAACCAGCAAAUAAUAACACUGAAGCCAAGCGCUUUCCUCUUCUUUUUUUUCCCCCCUCAAACUACAUAUGACUGGUACUAACACAAACAGAGGAAGAAAAUAUGUAUUUAAACUGUGACAAACGAAUAACUUCUUUUUGAGAAGUUCUUUAGCGUAGCAGUUUAAAUGUGCUUCUCUAAUUCUUUUGAGAAAAACACUGCAUUAAGUUUGAUUUGAGCUGGUUUCAUUAACAAACCGCUUCAAAACUGACAAUAAAUACACAAUCACACUGACCCAGUCCAGCGGUAACACACUUUCUGCACACUGUCAGCCACUGAUUCCACUGUCAAAGUGGCAUUUCACUGCCUGGUGGAAGGUUUUCACUCUUUAGCCAUGAAGGAGGAGUGAUGGGAAGUUACAGAUGUCCGAGAAAAAAACUGAAAUGCAAAUUAAAAACCAGAGCAGUGCUACUGAUCGCCAGGAUGACUGAUUUUAUUUUAUUUUUUUAUCGCAGCUGACCCUGAAAUUUGCGCUAAAAUGUUCUACCAAAGUGAAAUAUUUCUUCAGAAGUGUCGAAGGGAACCCUUUCUGUUUUUUUCCUUCACGUUUUGGCUGCUGAUUUUUCACCACCUCAGACCAGAGACUGAAGUUUUGUCUAUCUGCACAUAAUCAACAUUUACUUUGUUUUAUCCAGAAUUCAACACAAAAAAUAGGUCUGAGCUGGUUGAAUCAGAAUCUCCUCUAAAAAUCUUUCCUCUUUUUUUCCUCUCUGUCUCUGACUACAGCAUUUUUCAUCUCCAAUUUCUACCUCUACACUUCAGUUUCUUUGUACCUUCGAUGAUUUCGCUUUCAGACAUUUUUCUCGUACUUUGACAUCAGCGUUGAGGCCCUAAGCGGCCGUAACGCAGCUAUAACUGAUUCCAUUUUUUACAAAACAUGUUGCACAAACAAAACUUCCCUGCACAGUGCAAACUACUGUAUGCAUAAACACUUCUUUUAACUAUCAUCUCAUUGUCUUUUUAUUUUGUGUCUUUUUUUAAAAAAAAACAAAAAAUCUUGUUCACACGUGUAAUAUAGAGAGAUCAGACCCACUUGUUUUAUAUCUGUUAAUUUUCUUUUCUGUAAAGCCUUAGUGCUCGUAUUUGAUUUUAUUUUUGUAGAUAUGAAUUUAAAAAAGGAUGUCUAAAUUAUUUUCUUCUCCUUUGUUUUUAAAAUUGGUGAGAUUGUUAGCUGCACAGAAGGAAGAAAAAAAACGAGCUCGUGUCUCAGAUUCAUGUGUUUUGUGAGAUUAAAAAGAAACUGGAUAAAGAAAAUGA